CGUUCUACUUCUUCAAUGGUCAAAUUUUAUUGCAGUGGGGCGCGCAAUCCACCGGCCAUGCUUUCUGCUUUCUGAUUCCCAAAUUGCCUGGAACAAAUUCCAAGUUCCUGGUGGGAGAUAAUUAGAUACUAUUAGUCUUAUAGCUGCCUCUUCAUAUCAUUACCGUUAUAUGACCGUAAUUCGAUAUCGCUGGUCGAGUUCAAUAUCAAGGAUGGCGGAAGAGAUCAAGGCGGCUGACCUAGGAUCCUCUGCUACUACUUCUGCAAAAACUAGACGCUUCUGGCCUUCUAUUCUUCGUUGGGUCCCCACUUCCACUCAUCACAUCAUCGAUGCUGAGAAGCGUCUUCUCUCCCUUGUCAAGACUCGUUAUGUUCAAGAAUUGGUUAAUAUAGGCUCGGGUCCACCUGGUUCGAAAGUUAGAUGGUUUCGUUCGUCAAGCAAUGAACCAAGGUCUAUCAAUACUGUAACAUUUGAGAGCACGCAAAAUUCUCCUACGCUCGUAAUGGUUCAUGGAUAUGGUGCUUCGCAGGGUUUCUUUUUCCGUAAUUUUGAUGCGCUUGCCAGUCGUUUCAGAGUCAUUGCUAUUGAUCAACUAGGUUGGGGUGGAUCAAGCAGGCCUGAUUUCACAUGCAGAAGCACAGAAGAAACUGAGGCAUGGUUUAUUGAUUCUUUUGAGGAAUGGAGAAAAGCAAAAAAUCUAACCAAUUUUAUCCUACUUGGACAUUCUUUUGGUGGUUAUGUUGCUGCCAAAUAUGCCAUCAAGCACCCUGAGCACGUACAACACUUGAUUUUGGUGGGACCUGCUGGAUUUACAUCAGAAUCAGAGGCCAAAUCUGAGUGGUUCACAAAGUUUAGAGCAACAUGGAAAGGAGCAGUCAUGAACCAUCUUUGGGAGUCUAAUUUUACACCUCAAAAAAUUGUCAGAGGAUUAGGUCCUUGGGGUCCUGAUAUAGUCCGUAAGUAUACCAGUGCUAGGUUUGGUACACAUUCAACUGGCGAAGCAUUGACUGAAGAGGAAUCAAGAUUGCUGACAGAUUAUGUUUACCAUACCUUGGCGGCCAAAGCUAGUGGAGAGCUGUGCUUGAAAUAUAUAUUUUCUUUUGGAGCCUUUGCUAGGAUGCCCCUUCUUCAGAGCGCCUCAGAGUGGAAGGUACCAACCACUUUCAUAUAUGGUUUCCAGGAUUGGAUGAGUUAUACUGGGGCCCAAGAAGCUCGUAAGCAUAUGGAAGUUCCUUGUGAAAUAAUCAGGGUUCCUCAGGGUGGGCACUUUGUGUUCAUUGAUAACCCAACUGGCUUUCAUUCAGCUGUGUUUUAUGCUUGCCGAAGGUUUCUUUCACCUGAUCCAGACAGUCAAUCGCUUCCUGAAGGCCUGACCUCUGCAUAGGAUUAUAGUUUUGUGCGGUCCUAUCGAUUAUUACUAUUUUUUUUCAAUAAGGCGAUUGUCAUGGUAAGUGUAUGAACAUUAUUGCAGUGUUUCAAUGGAUUAAUUCUUAAGUGGACGAGCCGCGGCAGUAUAUUCAUGUUCAUGUAUAUAUUACAGAAAAUGAAAGGUGUAAGAACAUUUUCACCCAAAAAGGGGGGAAAUGGUGCA